GGGGGUGGUGGUGGUGGUGCGGGUGGGGAGAGUGGGAGGGAUGAGGGCGAGGAGGAGGCGGAGGAUGGGGAUGGUGCUGCUUCUGGUGCUGGGGUGGGUGUGGGUAAGAGGCGGAGGGUUGGGAGGGCGUAGGUAGGUACGAAGGAGGGGGGUUGAUGUUGGAGACGGGAUGGGGGUGCAGCGGUUUUUGGCUUGUUUGGGUGAGUUCGGGGUUACGGUUUGGUGGUGUGCUGCGGGUUAGGGUUAUGGUGGUAAGGCCGUCUCGUCGCACGGGAAACAUCUCCGGAGCCAUCUUCGUGUUUGGUGCUCGGCUUGUCAUUGCGCCUGUGUAUGCGUAGGGCUGGGAAAGGUCUAUGCCGGUAUGGGGAUGCGCCCAAUUGCUAGCGUAGUUGAGCCUUGAAGUAAUCAAAACCUAGUCAAGUCUUGAAGCAAU